AUGAGAUUCAUACCGAAUACUGUUACUAGAGUGCCGGAUGUGCACACAACCUGCAAUCGUCGUCUUCGAACAGAGGCAAACCGUCGCAUAUUCGGUACAUUGAAUUUACUGUCAUAUUUGAUGGAAACCAGACCUCCGUGCCGUGGUGGUACGGUGAAUGAUUAUGAAGUGAGGUGCAUGAGCGCGAAAAUAAUCGGAAUGCACAAAGUGGAAGAUGAGCCACCUAAAGAAUAUUAG